AGUAUUUCUUGUUCUAUUACGACACGUAUGUAUAACUAUGCCAAGUAAUGUAUGUAAAAGAAAUUAUUGGUUCGAGGAUUUUUUAUGAUUCGUGAAAUUUUUAUAAUUUAAAUUACGGCGGUAAAUCGAUAUAUUAUGUUGACUAUCGACAGCACGGUAUCAAUAUAGUGUGUUCAAUAGCUUUAGUGAACAACUGUUUAUUUUUGCAGAAGUAUUGUUAUUAAAUGAAUAUUAUAAAAUUAUACAUAUUUUGAAACAAGUUAUGAGACAAAACAAAUUUGUGAGACAAGAGAUAUCAUUCAUACACGAAACUACAUAAUAAAAAUGUUACGUCAACGUUAUACCCGCAUGAUAUUCAAACAAAUUUUUGAACAUAAAAGUGUUUAUAGACAGGUACAGGUUAACGUGACACGUUCGUUUUAUGAUAACCAUGAAGCUAUCAAUCACUUUAUAAAGUAUUUACGUAAACGACAAGUUACUGUUGGAACAAAAGCAGAAGCUUAUGGCAAACACGUUUACGGUCCACCACUAGGAAUGCUUGUAAAGGUAGAAGCACCUAAUUUGCAUGAUUUUCUUGUAUUACGUCUACAACAUUGGUGGAAACGUCAAAAAGAUAAUUAUAAGGAAUAUGUCGAAAAAGAACAAUAUAAAAAAUAUAUCUUAGCAGGACCAGAUUUGGCAGCAGCUAAGUAUGUUAUAGAGUGUAGUGGUAAAAUAAGGUUCAAAAAUCACAAUGAAUGGAUAGAUAAAACUAAGAAGAAUGAACUUUCAAAAUUGCCAGAAGAAUAUGAUGAAAACUUUAUUUUAGAGGAAAUAGAUUUCAAUGGAUAUCCUAUAAAAUUUGAACAUCUUGAUUUUAUUUUUAAUCUCUAUAAUUUAAGAACACUAAGCUUCAGAGGUUGUAAAACAAUUGAUGAUUGGUCAUUGGAUAAAUUGUCUGCAGAAUUUCCAAUGUUAGAGCAUCUUGACGUAUCAGAAUGUGAAAAUGUAACAGAAAGGGGACUAGAAGCACUAUAUAGAAUGCCUAACUUGAAGAAAUUAACUGUGACUAAUUUUCGUGGAUCUGCAGCAUUCGAAUUAACUUGUUUCUUAUUAGAAGAUGUCAAUCCAUAUCUAAAAUGUGAAAUUCAACAACCACAAUACAAAUGUUUACCUGAAAAAUAAUAUAUAUAAGAAAUCUAAUUAAUAAUAAUAGUAUAAUGUACUUUUUA